CAUCUCUCCCAAACGAACCACAACUCGCCAGCCGCCGCCGAACUCGAUCUGCUCCUGCCCAAACAACCUCACCGCGACGUCAUCGCCUCACCACCCAGCUCACCGCUCCUGUCUCCAGCAUCUCUAGCCAUCCCCCAACUCUCUCGCUGCCGGGCCAACUCACCGCGCCCAUCGCCUCCUCCAGCCUCCAGUUCAGCUCGCGUCUCCAGUCUCUUUAGCUACCGGAAAUCGAGCAUACCUCCUCAAAACUUCAAGCCAGGGAGCUGCAACUCACCUAUAUGUGGCUCUGCAUCCGCAAGUGAAAGGGGUGUCAGGGGAAUUCUUCAAGGACAGCAACUUAUCCAAACCGGGAAAUCGAGCAUCAACUCGGAGCCCGUGUUGUGUUCAAAAAGAAUAGAUUGGGCUUGGAGAUUUUGUUUCCCCUUCCUUCGCCCCUUAGUCAUUUAGUUGGUGGCUGCUCAAGUUCGGUAUAAUCUCUUUAACUAUUUCACAAUGUUUGAACUUACAAAAUCAUUACUCUUCAAUGUAAAUUUUAGAAAUUCUUGCACAUAAGUCAGAGUUGAAGAGAAUUAAUCAUCCUUUGGCCAAAUUAGCAAGAAGGAAACGUGCUAUUUAUAUAAGGCAGAAGCGUAUAUAUGGCAGAAUGGUGAACAUUCCUAUCGAAAAAUGAGGAAGAAACUCCCCAAAUGCAAGAGAAGGAGGCGUCAACAUUUAAUGGAUCAAAAUGCGACACCAAUGGCGAGAAUGCAACUACUAUGGAUGGAUGUACUGAUGUUGUCGAUGGAGCAGGAAGUGAAAAAAACCAGAAAAAACGGAAACAUGGAGUUGUCUACGACGAUGAGGAGUAAAUAGAAGAAUUCUUUUAAAACAAAUUUAGGAGUCGGUUACCUUUCAUGGGAUUUUUCUUUCAUUUUUCGUAUGAGGAUUUAGUCGGUCAGGAUGUCGGUUGAAUUAUUUUAUUCUCUUUUUAUAUUUAUAAUUAAAGAGGAUGUCGGUUGAACUAUUUUAUUCUCUUUUCAUAUUUAUGGUUAAAAAGGUUGUCGGU